AUGGGCGAUUACGGGACCAGCGACUUUGAGGCGUCCAGGUACAAUGACGAAGACACGAACAUCAUCACAGCCGAAGACUGCUGGGAGGUCAUCAACUCUUUCUUCCGCGAGAAAGGCCUUGUGUCGCAACAGCUGGAGUCCUACAACGAGUUCGUCACGACGACGAUAAACCAGAUCGUGGCGGAAAACUCGCGCGUCAUCAUCGACCAGAACACCCCGCAGUCGGACGACGACGUUGAUCCCAUAAUAAAGCGCCGCUACGAGAUCAACUUUGGGUCGCUGAAAUUCUUCGCCGCGUCCAUGACGGAAAGCGAUGGCACUACAAAUCAAAUAUGGCCGCAUGAAUGCCGGUUGCGCAACCUGACAUACUCGGCUCCCUUAUGGUGCAAAAUGUCAAAAAAGGUCAUGGUGGCCAGGGAAAGACCCAUCGGGUUUUCCAAAGACGGAGUAGAUCCCGACGUAGAGAUGGACGGAGAACAAUCCGGAGCCACCGAGCUCGUCUGGCAGCGGGAAGACGAAGACGAGCCGCCGGUCGAUGUCUUCCUGGGAAAGAUUCCCAUCAUGCUCAAGUCCCAAACAUGCUCCUUGAGAACUGCGACGGAGGACAUCGCUACGAUGCACAACGAGUGCCCCUACGAUCAGGGCGGAUACUUUAUCAUCAACGGUUCAGAGAAGGUCCUGAUUGCCCAGGAACGAAGUGCGGCCAACAUAGUGCAGGUUUUCCACAAGAAGGGUACCCCGACGCCGUGGGUUGCUGAGAUUCGCAGCGCGAUCGAAGGAGGCUCCAGGCUCAUCUCGGCCAUGCAGGUCAAAUAUCUGGCGAAGCGUCCUCAAAAGAAAGUGCAAGGAAAGGAGUCGAGCCUGCAAGAGGGACCUAUCAUAAACGCAACUUUACCUUACAUCAAGGCGGACAUCCCGAUUGUCUGGAUCUUCCGCGCGCUGGGCAUCGGCUCCGAUCAGGAUAUCUUAGAUAUCAUUGUUUACGAUAGUACCGACACUCAGAUGCUGGAACUGCUGAGACCCUCCCUUAUAGAGUCGCAGAGCCUCCAGCACCAGGAAGACUGUUUGGAUAUGAUCGGCAGACGCGGCGCGCAAGCCGGUUCGAAGGCGAAACGUAUCAAGUAUGCGAGGGACAUCCUGCAGAAAGAGUUCCUCCCUCACAUUUCCCAGCAAGAGGGCAGCGAGACGAGGAAAGCGUUCUUCUUGGGCUACAUGGUCCACAGGCUGCUGAAAUGCGCACUUGGCAGACAGGUUGAGGAUGAUCGCGACCAUUUCGGAAAGAAGCGCCUGGAUCUUGCCGGCCCUCUGCUAGCCAACCUCUUCCGCAUGUUGUGGCUGAAGCUGACCCGCGACGCCUCCAAGUACCUCCAGAAGUGCGUCGAGAACAAUCGGAGCUUCAACUUACAUCUAGCGGUCAAAUCCUCUACAAUCACCAACGGACUGAAGUAUUCUCUCGCAACCGGAAAUUGGGCCGAACAAAAGAAGGCCGCGAACGGCAAGGCUGGAGUGUCCCAGGUGCUCAAUAGAUAUACGUAUGCCUCGACGUUAUCCCAUCUCCGGCGGACGAAUACUCCGAUAGGUCGUGACGGGAAGAUUGCCAAGCCGCGCCAGCUGCACAACACUCACUGGGGCUUGGUCUGUCCCGCCGAAACUCCAGAAGGCCAGGCUUGCGGACUGGUCAAGAACCUCUCGUUGAUGUGCUAUGUAACCGUCGGUUACCCAACCGAACACAGCGGCAUCGUGAGUUUCUUGAAGGAUCGAGGAAUGGACUAUCUGGAGGAGAUUGAGCCUCGACUAGACCUGCGCAGAUCUACGAAAGUCUUCCUCAAUGGUGUUUGGCUUGGCAUCCACCGUGACCCAGGGCAGCUAACCGCUGCAUUGCAAGGCAUCCGCAGAGAGCCCGUCACCAGGGGCGACCACAAUGAGUUGAGCAUUGUUCGUAACAUUCGAGAUCGUGAGAUCAAACUUUUCACUGAUGCCGGCCGGGUCUGCCGCCCACUCUUCAUCGUCGAGAAUCGCCCCACAAGUGCCAACAAGGGAAACCUCGUUCUGAAUAGGGAAAUUUUGGACCGCCUAAGCACAGACGCCCAGAUCGACACUACGGGCAUGAAAGAAGAGGACAGAAGGGCAAUGAUUUUUGGCUGGGAAAACCUGCUUCAGAACGGUGUGGUUGAAUACAUCGACGCCGAAGAGGAGGAGACCUGCAUGAUCGUCAUGACCCCCGAGGACCUCGAAGAGCAUCACCGGAUUAGAUCUGGACAGUCAGUGUAUGAGAUGGACCAAGACGACCCACUCAAGAGAGUCAAGGCCAAGCCGAACCCCAGUAUAUCUGCUUUCACUCACUGCGAGAUCCAUCCUGCCAUGCUUCUUGGAAUAUGCGCAAGCAUCAUUCCGUUUCCCGAUCACAAUCAGUCUCCUCGUAACACCUAUCAGUCGGCUAUGGGUAAACAAGCCAUGGGUGUCAUGCUUACAAAUUACCAGUCCCGGAUGGAUACCAUGGUCAAUGUGCUAUACUACCCCCAGAAGCCGCUGGCGACUACCCGAUCCAUGGAGUUCCUCAGAUUCCGAGAACUGCCCGCUGGUCAAAACGCCAUUGUGGCUAUUGCAUGCUAUUCCGGCUACAACCAAGAAGACUCCGUCAUCAUGAACCAGAGCAGCAUCGACAGAGGUCUCUUCCGCAGUCUCUUCUACCGAUCCUACAUCGACCAAGAGAAGAAGGUCGGCAUCCACGACGUGGAGAAAUUCCUGAAGCCCCGGCGAGGAACGACUCUGCGGAUGAAGCAUGGCACCUACGACAAGCUCGACGACGACGGCCUCAUCGCGCCUGGUGUGCGUGUCUCCGGCGACGACGUUAUCAUCGGCAAAGUCGCGCCCAUCGCACCAGACGCGGACGAGCUUGGACAGCGCACCAAAGCGCACGAGUAUCGCGACGUCUCGACACCUCUCCGCUCAACCGAGAACGGCAUCGUCGACUGCGUAGCCCUAACCACCAACGCCGAGAACCUCAAAUUUGUCAAAAUCCGGACCCGCACAACCAAGGUACCCCAGAUCGGCGACAAGUUUGCCUCCCGGCACGGCCAAAAAGGCACAAUCGGCAUCACAUACCGCCAAGAGGACAUGCCCUUCACGCGCGAAGGCCUAACCCCCGACCUAAUCAUCAACCCGCACGCCAUCCCGUCCCGCAUGACCAUCGCGCAUCUAAUCGAGUGUCUCCUCUCCAAAGUCGGCGCCAUCAAGGGCCAGGAGGGCGACGCAACCCCCUUCACAGACGUAACCGUCCAGAACAUCUCCGACCUGCUCAUCCAACACGGCUACCAGAGCCGCGGCUUCGAGGUCAUGUAUAACGGACACACGGGCCAGAAGCUGCGCGCGCAGGUGUUCUUGGGCCCGACGUACUAUCAGCGGUUGCGGCAUAUGGUUGAUGACAAGAUCCAUGCGCGGGCAAGAGGGCCAGUGCAGAUUUUGACAAGGCAGCCUGUGGAGGGCCGUGCGAGGGAUGGUGGCCUGAGGUUCGGAGAGAUGGAGCGCGACUGCAUGAUUGCGCACGGUGCGAGUGCGUUCCUGAAGGAGAGGCUGUUUGAGGUCUCGGAUGCGUAUCGGGUGCACAUUUGCGAGAUUUGUGGGCUCAUGACGCCGAUUGCGCAAGAGUCUCAAGAACCAGCAGUUCGAGUGUCGGCCUUGCAAGAACAAGACGAAGAUCGCGCAGGUCCAUAUCCCGUAUGCGGCGAAGCUGCUGUUCCAGGAGUUGGCAAGCAUGAAUAUCGCGACGAGGAUGUACACCAAGCGCAGCGGUGUCUCGAUUCGGUAGUCACUCAUCACUGA